UUUUUUUUUGGGCUUAAUUGGAAUCAUUUCCCGUAAAUACGAUGUUGGAUCCAGUACCUGACCUGCCGACAUAGGAUUUGUCCAUUCAUUCCAUUGGAUAUUACCUCCUCCCAGUUUCUAUCUUCGCUUAUAUCAUCAUCAUCCGAUUCUGGGUCUCACCCACAGAAAGGAUGUUGGGCGAGACACUGCAAAGUAACCAACUUUUGCGUUCUUAGAUUGGAAUUUAAAUAAGCAGGUUGUGCCUUUAGAGUUAUUUGAAUGGAUCUGAGCACUUCAACCUUUCUUUGAAAUUAGUCCACAAGAAGAUUUUUUAGUUGCACUUCCACCUUUCUUUGCAAAAAGUCCUUUUGUACAUUUAGCUGCUUUCUGAGACUGUAGUGUCUUUCCCUCUUGUACUUCUCCGAGCUAUCUUUCCUCAAGUGAGCUAUUUUUAUCAAGAAACAAUGGCCCAAAUGUGCUUUUAGAAAAGUUGGUCAUUGAUAUCUAAGAUCCUUUUCUCGCUCUGAAACCGUAUAUCACAUUUUAUAUGGACAAAGACCAUGAAAAUCUAUUAUAUUCUAGUAGUUAUUUACUUUUACAGGCGUUUAUAGAAGCACUAUAGCAGAAGUUUAAAGGAAACCCUCACUUUGUAUUCAAGCUUUGAAACUUGUUGCUUGCCGUGAAGGAGAACUUCAUUAGGCUUUUGUUUUCAAUUUUCCAGGCUAUUGACAAUCUCUUUCACAAAACGAAAAGGAAAGCUAGUCCUAUGGAUGAUUUGCCGGAUCAGCUAGUUUGGGACAUCUUGGGUAGGAUUAAGAAAACGACAGAUAGAAACUCCGCAUCUUUAGCAUGUAAGCGCCUUUACCAUCUUGAUAAUGAACAAAGAAAAUCUCUUCGGGUUGGUUGUGGAUUGGACCCUGCAAAUCAAGCCUUGACUUCCCUCUGCAAUAGGUUUCCAACCUUGACAAGAGUAGACAUAGUUUAUUCCGGUUGGAUGUCCAAAUUAGGAAAGCAGUUAGACGACCAAGGACUUCUAAUUCUUUCAAACAACUGCCCUUGCUUGACUGAUCUCACCUUGAGUUACUGCACUUUCAUCACCAAUGCAGGUCUCACUUACCUUUCUUCUUGCUCCAAUCUUUCUGCCUUGAAACUAAUUUUCACCCCAAGAAUAAAUGGUUGUGGAAUUUUAUCUCUAGUCGUGGGGUGCAAAAAUCUUAAAAGUCUACACCUCAUUAGAUGUCUAAACGUAAGCAGCGUCGAGUGGUUAGAGUACCUUGGAAAACUUGAAGUACUAGAAGAUCUCUCUAUUAAGAAUUGUAGGGCUAUAGGGGAAGGUGACUUAAUCAAACUCGGCCCCAGUUGGCAAAAGCUAAAAAGGUUGCAAUUUGAGGUGGAUGCGAAUUACAGAUACAUGAAGCUUUACGAUCGUUUAGCUGUGGAUCGAUGGCUGAAGCAGGGGGUCCCGUGCGAAAGCAUGGAAGAGCUAAACUUAGUAAAUUGCAUCAUUAGUCCAGGCAGAGGCCUUGCUUGUGUAAUGGCCAAGUGUAAGAACUUAGAAAAGAUUCGCUUGGACAUGUGUGUCGGAUUGAGAGACUGUGACAUUAUAGGCUUGGCGAGAAAAUCAAGUAAGCUCCAGUCCAUUUCUCUGCGAGUACCAUCAGACUUCUCGAUUCCUCCAUUGGUGAACGAUCCUGUGAGACUAACCGACGAGAGUUUAAAAGCAAUCGCGGAGAACUGCUCACUAUUGGAAUCGGUUAGGCUAUCUUUUUCCGACGGAGAGUUUCCAUCCUUUUCUUCAUUUACUCUGAAUGGGAUAUUAACCUUGAUUAAAAUGUGUCCGAUACGAGAACUUUCUCUUGAUCACGUGUAUUCGUUCAACGAUGAUGGCAUGGAAGCUCUUUGUUCGGCUGAGUAUUUGGAAACCCUAGAGCUUGCGAGGUGCCAAGAGAUUAGUGAUGACGGAUUGCAGCAUAUCAGCCGGUUUCCUCGGUUGUGUGUUUUACGGCUUAACAAGUGUUUGGGAGUCACCGAUGAUGGGUUGAAGCUGCUUGUGGGGUCAUAUAAACUGGAUUCGUUGUUUGUGGAAGAUUGUCCACAAAUAUCCGAACGGGGUGUUCAAGGAGUUGCUAAAUCAGUUACUUUCAAGCAAGACUUGUCAUGGAUGUAUUGAUCUGGAGUAAUCCCUUGUUAAGUUUGUGUUUUCCAAAUGCCCUCUACUGGCUUUUCAUGAUUUCUUCUUCUUCUUCUGUAAAUGCAUAUUGUGGUGAAUUGUAAGAGAAUUUAGUUCUCUUUCUCUUCAUCGUGUAUCUUGUAACCAACUGUAUAUUUCUGGAAUAAAGCUUGUUGUACCUUUUAUGCGGC